CCGCCAACCGCACCCGCUAAUCAAAAUACUCGCUUUCUUGUGCUCGAAGACAUCCCUUGCAGUGUUGGCCAUUCUAGUCUUGCUGCUUCACCCUGCAUGAUUUUCAUGAGCGGGAACCGUUCCGACUGGGUGAACAAUUAUUUCAUCAAUAAAUACAGAAAAUGCGAAGGAUAUGAGAAAUAUAUUGCACAGGAUCGGGAUCAUUGCAACCUGAUGCACAAAAAGAGAUUAGACGAAGCCGACAGUGGCAACGACCUAAAGAUGGUGCAUCAGAACAGGAACAUCCGGGAUUUGAUCUGGUUGAGGGAAUUUGGACCAAAAAGGAAUACAUACCGCUGCUGCUAUGAUGCUGGCUGGAACCCCGUUCUUGAGGAAAUCGAUGUUGGUCAGGUACAACUGACCAAUAUCGUCCGUCUGCGUGGCACUAUAAAGGUAUUCAGAUAUGGUUCAAAUGUGCAAAUAGAAACGGUGACAAAAAGGAAAGGGAUUUGGGUGGCCGAACAUGGGGCAGCCAUCACCACAUUCGAACAAAUCAGCCCAGUGAUGAAGAUGAGCAGGUUGGGAUGGGGUUCGGGCAAAUUGGCUCCCACUUCGGCCGCAAUGGGGACGAGUAGAACCGCAGCAAUGGUAUGGCUGAUGAAAGUGGAGAUAACCUGCGAGGAUUGGGAUGAUAGCUAUGAUACCCAUAUCGCCGACCCAAUCCUCGAUCGAGUGUUCAAUGCACCACAGGCCAAUAGUCAAGAUGCAAAUGAAUGCCACCCAAUACUGCUUCCACCUCAAGAGAAGGAAGAGCCAAAUGAGGAUAAUGGAGAGCCCAGAAACCGGAAGUGCGACGCUGAACCAUUCCAGCCAGUCGAGUGGAGGGUCCAUGUGCUGGAUGACGAUGAGGUUUUGAGGUGA